CACAGUUUAUGUCAAAAAGAUGGAAAGAAAAGCAAGAAAACUGUAAAUGGUGGAUCUAGGAAAUGAAAUUACUGCUAUAGCUACGCAAACAUAAAGCAAUCCCGUUUCAAACGGCAGAAAACAAGACUCGAAUCAAAAUCACAUAGUGGAUGUGAGAAAGAUUGAGUUGCAAAUCAUAUUCGUUUUGUAUCGGGAUGGAACAAAAAGGUUUAUAUAGAGCAGAGCCAUCGAUGAUGAGUCGCGCAUUGAUUUUGGCACCAGCUAAAAGAAGAUAAAAAUAACGAAGCAAUUUAUUGGUUUUCAACUAUUGACCGACAAUCUGUUUAGGAUGGCAUCUGUUUACGUUCAGAGUGGUGGCUUUAACCCGCUUUGGAAUGAAAUCAUGAACGUACACUGGAAGUUCCUGGAUGCAGACGAAUCGAUGGAAAAGAUUGAACUGAGAAACCAAUUGGAAGCCCUGAUAUUACAGUACUUAUGCAACUGGCCACACUCAGAAAAAUUCUUUCACGUGGAAACGGUGCAGGUGCUUAAAAGUUCGAUUGCUAAAAUGAAUGACUUUUCCGCGUACAAAGCAUCGCUUGGAUUUGAUGCCAUAAGUCAGUACGCUAACAAUCUAUUCACAAAACCAUGGCGAAAGGAGUACAAGACAGUUAAGAUGUACUCCGGAUUUUAUCAACAUGAGAUCGCAGCCAAUCUAGUGGGAGCGGAAGUACUAUUUGAACACAUGGGCUAUCGAGUAAUGCCGAACCAAACAUUGGUAUUCGAAGGGGCAAUAUGUCCCGACCGUGUAACGAACGUAUCGAGAGACGCUAUCACAGCGAACGUGGAGUGCCUGAUUAUGAAAGAAAUUUACAACCAACUUACGGAGCUGUCCCUACCCGUCGAUUGGAGUGAUAUUUUUAGUUUUCGGGAGAACAACACAAUGGAUGUUUCACAGUCUGUCCAACAGAUGACAGCACUGAUUAAAGAAAAACUUCAGAAAAAUCAACAGCCACGACGAGAAGCAGUAGAUUCGUACGGCACCCUGAAAGCUCCAGCAGUUGGUUCAUGUAACUCAUGCAGUGCGUAUCAGUUUCAUCCACAUAUGCAACACCACCAGCAGCAGCAGCAGCAGCAGCAGCAAUCAUCUCUCCCACCUCCUUCUAUGGUUAUGCAUCCCGCGUUACCUCCAGUAAUGCCGUUCUACACACCCCAGUCGAUGUACAGUGCUACCCCCUGUAGUCUCCAUAAUCAACCUUCCAAUUUAGCUUACGGAUAUCACGAUCAAAACAGCUAUACCAAUUACCUACCAACAUCUCCAUCACAGGCCCAUGUUCAUUCGUUGAAUCAAUCCAAUGUGCUGCCAUCCCAAGCACCUCCUUCAUUGGGCGCCAUACCCCAUUCGAAAUCCUUAGACCAUUAUCAGGAUCCUUCCAUGUACAAUCUAACGACUUGCAUGCAACGUCACUCAAUUGAUCAGCCCUUUGAAUACGCUGCAGCUUCGUCCGCGUCUCACUAUGGAGGUCCGAUGGGUGUGGCGCCACCGACUGGAGCAUAUGAUACCGUCGACAGUUGCAGUAUGGCCUACAGUAAUCAUCCCUACAAUGUAUCCGGCAACCGAAUACCCCUCCCAUUAAAUUUAUCUGCUAACAUUGGACCUUGCAUAAAUGGCAUACCAGGAAAGCCGGGUUUUGGUGAAUCUUACUUCCACCAUCCCAGUAUUAAUAACUAUACACCGAUGCCACCAUAUUACCACCAUUGUAACAGUAGCAAUGGUCAAUUAUACGGUCAACAACCCAAGUCACAAAGGCACGUUCCGGGUAUCUACAUUAAUCAUAAUUUCGAAAACACGGGAACGCAAACUCCUCCAUCUAUCUUGAGCAAGAAGAAAAACUCCUAUGAUGAUUACGAUGUUCCUUCGGUUAGACAUAGCAAUGAGAAUAAACAUCCAGACGAGUUGAUAUAUAUCGAUACCAGGGAAGAAAACAAAAAGGACCGAAAGAAAAUCGACCGAAAUGUUAAAACUACAGAUUUGCUGGGUGAUUACGAAUGUGAUAUGCUACCUGAAUCAUUGGUAGAGAGACAUCAACAUCAACAGCAGCCACAUCAUCGCCAUCAUCACCUGCAUCACCAGAUGUCUAGGAACUCGAGACAAUCGGAUUUUGAUAGUUACGAAGAUGAAAAACUACAGGCGGGUGCCUAUCAGCGUGCCAGUAAUGUUAAUAGGCGCAUAUCAAGCAAAAAUCAAGAUGGGAUUGGUUCAUACGAGUCAUGGAAUUAUGUAUUCCAAAAUUUGGAGAAACAGGGCUAUAGUAAGGAUUUGGGUGAACGUGGAGAUUUCUUGGUUAGCGCCGAAGGAGACGAGAUUCCUGAAGGUAACACCAGUCGAGGAAGUACACUCAAACGAAGUAGUAACGACAAAUUAAAAGCAAUGAAGGUCAAAUCUGCGGAUAGGAUGGAUGGUAUCCGAGUGGCAUCGACCAGACAGAGUACGUCUGGUGCAACGAAACACGAUCGGGAAAACGAGCGUAACGAAAUGGUUGCAAGGGCUGGACAGAAACCAUCUCUAGUACAAAAAUUAUCGAAACCUAUUAGCAAUAAUCAGGCAGACAAUAGCCAUAAGGCAAACCACACCAACAAUGUGAACAGCACCAAUAAUAACGAGGCUUCCGGUAGUAGACGAAAUUCUAUAACACGAAAAAUUUCGAGUUCCACUAAGGAAACCGUUACUUCUACAACAAACGCCACAAAUAGCAGCAGUACAUCUACCGGAGGUGGAAUUUUAAUCAACCACAACAGCUCAAACUAUCAUGGGACAUCUGCUGUUUUGGGUAGAAAGAAAACUACCAGCUUCGAUACUGCCGCGGCCACUAUUAUCAAUCCAGUAGACGACCGCGAUCGGAGUCGUAACUCAAACAACGGUGGAACGAAAAUCAGCGAAUGGAAUUGUAAAUUUUGCACAUAUUUAAAUCCCGUCAGCGAACGCAUCUGUGAGAUGUGUGCGAAAAGUCGGGACUCUAACUUGAACAGUAGCGGGGCGAAGGUAACGGCGGCGGCGACUAGCAACGGGACUGCGACAUGUGUCUAACAGAACAAUAUUGUGAUCAGUUUUGAGUAAGAAUGGAUUGGAUGAAUCAACAAUGUAAUACGGUUAUCAUUUGAGAAAAAUAUAAUAGAUUGACCACACACCACUACGUUGGUCAUCAUUAACUAGUCAGAGAAAAAUAUUUGGAACUUAUUAAACAUAUAUUGACAUUGUUAUACCUUACACUAUUUUUAGAUUACACCUGGCAGAAGACAAGGCUCAUGUCUAACAUUUGUAGCAAUUUCUAAACUAUCUAAUGUAAGCUCAUGUUUCCCAGAUUAUGAAAAUUUUAAUACGAAUAAAUUUUCUUUGUUUGCUGUUGACAGAUGAGAA